CUAGGAACAGCUGCCGCAGGGGCCCCUGACAGCCUCCCAGCUCCCCUGCUGCGCAGUUGCCAAGAUUCCAACCGAUCUGCCAGCGGGAUGGCGUCCACACCUUCCAAGAAUGAGGAUAAAAAGAGCAGCUGGCCAUCCCAAGGGGCAGCCUCCCUGUGCUGCGGAGGGCCGAUUUCUGUCUCCCGGUCUGAGGAAUUUCUGACCCGGAUCAGCACAGAACUCACUGAUGAGGCUCUGUUUAUCGCCGGCUUCCAAAUGAACCCUGUUCCACCCAAGAAAAAGCAAAUGAGAGACCAGGGGACUCAGAUAUCUAAGCAAGUGUUCAUCACCAAGACCCGAGGCACAGAUACCCGCUCUGACAAAAACCGUACCCGUACCAAGGCCCACCUCCUACCAUCUCCCUGUGACAAGGAAGGAAUCAUGAAAAGCUGCCUGGAGGAGGUGCCUCCCAAAGAAACCAUUUACUAGGACGAAAAGGGAGUCCCGCCUGCCAACUGGACAUCUGGAGGGUGAUCCCCACCCUGGGGUGCUGCUCGUGGCCCCUCAGCCCCUGCCCCACUUCGCCCCUCUAGAUGUCCCAGAGCUCCUCCUCCACAGCUCCCUUGAGCACCUCCGCUUGGAGGGACCUUUCGGCAAGGAGCACCCCCAACUCUGAAGCCUCCAAAGUAUUCCAGAACCAUCGCCUCUUCCCCCAUAGGCGCCCCCAAGGACACCGCCAGGACUCAAAGCCUCUCAUAAAGAGACAGGGAUCCUUCC